UCGCCUGGCAUCUCGCGCCCGCUUCCCUCUCGGCGGAAGUGGUUCUCAGGCGAUGUGGCGCGGGCGGGCGCUUGGCGAGUGAAAUCUGAGGCGGCGACCGCACGGGCGAGGGGCUCCUUGCGACCUCGCCGAUCAGGCGCGGCUGCCCGCGUCGGAGGGGGCGAGAUCCGGCAAUGGCUGGCGGCUCCCUGGCAGGAGCGGAGCCCCGGCAGCUGAGGCGAGGCCCGGGCCACAGCUGAGGCGGCGGCGGCGCCUUCCCUUCGCCCCCCUCCGCCCGCGCUCCCUUCUCUCAGCCGGCUCGCCUCGCCGUGUGAGGUGAGGCCUUCACUCCCGUCCGUCUCUCCCUGGCUGGGCGGGGAUGAGGCGGCGGCCCGGCGGCGACGGAGGCGGCAGUGCCGGCGGCGACGAGGACGCGGGCUCGGAGGAGCGGCGCCCUGCCUAGCGCGGCCCCCGGCGGGGCCCCCGCGCCGCCCCCUGCCUGCCCGCCCGGCCCGCGGUGGCGGCGGAGGAUGUCGGAGGAGCCCGACGCGGACAAGAUGAUCAAGGAAACGUCUAUUUUAGAGGAGUACCACAUUAACUGGACUCAAAAGCUGGGAGCAGGAAUUAGCGGUCCAGUAAGAGUCUGCAUGAGAAAAUCGUCCCAAGAACGAUUUGCACUGAAAAUUCUUCUUGAUCGCCCCAAAGCUAGGAACGAGGUCCGGCUGCACAUGAUGUGUGCGAUGCAUCCUAAUAUUGUUCAGAUUAUCGAGGUGUAUGCCAACAGCGUGCAGUUCCCUCAUGAGUCCAGCCCAAGGGCUCGGCUUCUAAUUGUAAUGGAGAUGAUGGAAGGGGGCGAACUCUUUCACAGAAUCAGCCAACAUCGGCACUUUACUGAGAAGCAAGCAAGCCAAGUAACAAAGCAGAUAGCCUUGGCUUUGCAACAUUGUCAUUCUCUAAACAUUGCACAUCGAGACCUCAAGCCUGAGAAUCUUCUGUUCAAGGAUAAUUCUUUGGAUGCCCCGGUAAAGCUGUGUGACUUUGGGUUCGCCAAGGUUGACCAGGGUGACCUGAUGACCCCACAGUUCACUCCGUACUAUGUAGCACCUCAGGUUCUAGAGGCACAAAGAAGACAUCAGAAAGAGAAAUCUGGUAUCAUCCCUACCUCACCAACACCUUACACUUACAAUAAGAGCUGUGACUUGUGGUCCCUUGGCGUCAUCAUUUACGUGAUGCUGUGUGGUUACCCACCGUUUUACUCCAAGCACCACAGUCGGACAAUUCCCAAAGAUAUGCGGAAAAAGAUAAUGACGGGGAGCUUUGAGUUCCCGGAGGAAGAGUGGAGCCAGAUCUCCGAAAUGGCAAAGGACAUUGUGCGCAAGUUGUUGAAGGUAAAGCCGGAGGAAAGGUUGACAAUAGAAGGUGUUCUGGACCACCCCUGGCUGAACUCUACAGAGGCUCUCGAUAACAUUUUGCCCUCUGCCCAGUUAAUGAUGGACAAGGCGAUGGUCGCUGGUAUUCAGCAGGCCCAUGCGGAGCAGCUGGCCAACAUGAGAAUCCAGGACCUCAAAGUCAGCCUCAAACCCCUCCACUCCGUCAACAACCCAAUCCUGCGCAAAAGAAAACUGCUGGGAACAAAACCAAAAGACAGCGUGUAUAUCCACGAUCCCGAAAACAGCAGUGAGGACUCCAACGUGGCUCUGGAAAAGCUCCGAGACGUGAUUGCUCAGUGCAUUCUGCCGCAGGCUGGUAAAGGCGAGAAUGAAGAUGAGAAACUGAACGAAGUGAUGCAGGAAGCCUGGAAAUAUAACAGGGAGUGCAAAUUAUUGCGAGACACCCUUCAGACUUUCAGCUGGAACGGCAGGGGAUUCACAGACAAAGUGGACCGUCUAAAACUGGCAGAAAUAGUGAAACAAGUUAUUGAGGAGCAAACAAAUUCCCAUGACUCGCAAUAGCUGGAGCUGCUUAUUCCUUAAGCGCAAAGACAAACACUUCCCCGUCCCCGUUUUUUAAACUAUUUGAGUUCUCCUUUAAUCUGUAAAGUAUUUUUAUGUAAAUUAAUAAAUCAUAAUUAUUUCAUUCAAUUUCCAUGCAGCUUGAAAAAUGCUGAAUAGAUGUAGAUAACAAGAAUCAUUGGUACUGUAAUAUUUUUUUAAACUCAGUUCUUCAAAAGUAUAUAUAUAUAUAUAUAUAAUAUAAAUUUUAUGUACCAUUUAAUUCUUGACUGUCAACUGGGGCAAGUUACUAUCUUCAAUAACUAGAUGCUGUAAUCUUCCAGAUGCCUAUAAUGAAUGGUUAACAGCCUGCAUCAACUAGCAUUACUCUGUUUUUCCUCCUGCAUCCACCUUGGCACAUUACUUGAAGUAAUUGCUGAGGGGUAUGAACAGCAUGGUUGUUCAUUAGAACUUUCUUUCCAAGCACCCGCCUUAAUGGCAGCGCCUGCUUUGGUGGGUGGUCUAAGGACACCCCCUCCAGGCCUCCAGCUCUUGGUUCCCUGCAGCCCCACCCCUGCCGCUGCCUCUCUUCCCCAGCCUUGUCCGCUUUUCUUCCGGCUUCCCACUGCGAAGCCCAGGACUGUUCGCUCCUCUGGAAAAUGGCGGCUUUUUUAAGUAAAGAAAAAUUGCAGUUAACAGAGAAACUGUACAUAUUUCUAGUUUUCUAUCUUACAACAUUUUGCUUUUUAAGACAGGGCUGAAGGUGGUUUUAUAGAAUUAUUUUGUACAAUCACCUGUGCCAUUUAGUGACUGAAGUGCCGAUUCAGGGCUGCUCUGAGCUGUUGACGUUGCAUUUUUCAUAGCUCAUUACUUUUGAGUGGUUUACACUUGUUUCCUGAGCCAUAUUGCCUCAUCCACAUGGUUGCUAUGAGCCAUGUUCUUUUUCGUCCCUAACGCCUCCUCUUUGCUUUCUCCUUAUCAGUCAGUAUCCAUCCCUGCAGUGAUGUUUGCAGGUUAGGACUCGGGGCCCCUUGCCUUUCAGGUGGAAGGCUUUGCUUUUGCUCUCUCUCUCCCUCUGGCUUCCUUCGUCCUUUCCAACACCCCUCAGUGUGUAGUAUUAAGCUGCUUCCUCAAAAGCAAACAUUCAUAUGUGUGGCUUCUGGUAUAGCCCUUUAGCGUGGAGCAGGAAGUCUGGAAUACUAUAAUCAGAGUGCAGGAGGGAGGUGUACAGGGCAGGGGCUUUUUGUGCCGUCUUUCAUCCUGGAAAUGGCAAUAUUUGCCUAUAACCAAUACAAACGAAGCAUGAGUACAUACCGGUUGUUCGUUGGAUGGUUGUUGUCUCGCAGUGUGUGGCCUCUAAGAGCAUGUAGCCAAGAAGCGUGCGAGCAUGCCCCUCUCCGGACAAGUAAAGCAAUGUGGUAAGGCUUCCGAAGGGGCCCCAGUCGGCAGACAUGUUCUGUGCGCUGAUGCUAAAGAAGAGACAAAGGCUUCCAGCGAGAAAGAAAUAGCAGAGGUAGAAAAGUAUGUUCUUCAGAAGUUACAAGCAAGGGAACAGUAAUUCAUGCUUGCCCGUAAUUAAUAGCCAGACCCUCCCAGAACAAGCCAAAAGAGGGUAUUUUCUCAGCCAGUCUCCUUGAAUGGAACGUGGCUUCUUUUGCAGUGCCGAGUGACAGUAGAAGCGAGCAUCCCGCCUUUUUUCUGCUUUAUAGUUGGCCUCCAUAAUCAAGAGUUUUGAAAAUCUUUCUCUGAAAGCAGCUGUAUCUUGGCGCCUCCCACCGCUCUGGUAAGGGGACAUCAGUGACUAUCUUGGGCUAGGGUAAGAUUCAGAAUUAACAACUGCCCCCAUGGCUGCUGGGUGUGCCAUGUUUGUGCCUUUCGCUUCGGGAUAUGAACACACAGGUUUGCUGAUGGUUAAAGCGAACAAGGAGAAUCCUGGCAGACAGGUCGGUUCUUUCCGUGCUGAGGAGGGUAGGUAUUUUCUGGGCUGGAGUGUAAGAACGAAAGCAGAAAGGGAACCGUAUCAUGCCAGUUGAAUUUUGUAUGCCAGUGCUGCUAUUUUCUUUCAAGGGGAGUGCUUUUGAAGUGAUGCCAUUAAAGGAAUACACAUGGAAAGCAUUGAACAUGUUGAGGGGGGAAUCCUUCAGGAAUAGACUGGAUUACUGAUCUGUUUUCGCAAAAUGCAUACGGAGUUUUCAGCUCCUAUAUGUUGCUUUCCACAUUUUUCCUAUUGGAAGAUUUCCAAUCACACUCCUUUAGAAGAAAUCAAAACACUCCGUUAUGAUCAGUCGUCGUCGUCAUUAUUAUUUACUACAUUUAUAGUCCGCCCUCCCUGCAAGCGGGCUCAUUGAAAGGGCUUAGUCAGGGUCAUUUGAAAACAAAGAAUUUGAUUAGGACAGAGAAUUUAUUCUGUGAGUGAAUGGCUAGAUAACGCACAUAUUUUGCACGGCUGCCGUUCUACAUUCAACCACCAUGUUUCAAUUUUGUCGCCACUUUUUCUACCUUCUGUGUGUCUUUUUCUGCACUCCAGUUUUGUUUUUCUUUUUGAAUCAGUAUUAUAAUGUAAAUAUUAUGCAUUGGUGUACAUAAAUAAUUUUACUAAAUCUU